UUGCGUGUGCUCGUCUCGACGCCACGCCUCUGUGCGUGCGUUUUCCUCCGCGCGUUGAUUUCAUACCAAACUCAUACUUGGCAUUCCGCCUUUUUUUCUGUCAAACACGAUUAUUUUUGCCGAGGAAAUACACGCGAUUCGGAGAGGAAAACCUCUGCAGAAACAAAAGCAUAAGGAGAGGAGUGUGUGCCUGUGAGAGCAGGGCAGGAAAGCCGUUGUAAGGUGUGUUGUGGCUGGAGCCGUCAUCAUUGCGUCGGAGUGGACUUGCCGUGGCAGCCCUGAUGGGGCGCAGGAGGAGGGUGGCAAUGGAGAGGGACUUGCCGAUGGGGCAGACCGUGGAUUGGACGGCGACCCUGAGGGAGUGUGGAGUCCCGACAUUGAGCAGAGCUUUCAGGAAGCUCUGGCUAUCUACCCUCCCUGCGGCAGGAGGAAGAUCAUACUUUCAGACGAGGGGAAGAUGUAUGGUCGAAAUGAGUUGAUAGCUCGCUAUAUUAAGCUCCGAACAGGGAAGACAAGGACGCGCAAACAGGUGUCUAGUCACAUUCAGGUUCUGGCAAGAAAGAGGGUACGAGAAUACCAGGCAAGCAUCAAGGUCUCUAGUCACCUGCAAGUCUUGGCCAAGAGAAAGUCUCGUGAGAUUCAGUCUAAGCUCAAGGCCAUGAACUUGGACCAGGUAUCCAAAGACAAGGCACUGCAGACAGUAGCCAACCUCUCAUCAGCUCAGAUUGUGUCUGCGAGUGUAAUGAAACCCCAGACUCCCUUCCCUCCACCAGUCAGAUUUUGGCCCGGCCCUAUGCCAGGACAGCCUGGACAUUCUCAGGACAUUAAGCCCUUUGCACAGCCACCAUACACUACACUACCAGCCCCUGUCCCUGCACCUGUCAGUUAUGAGCCCCUGCCACCCCCUCGCCCUGCAGCCAUAGCAGCUCCUGUAUGGCAAGACAGAACCAUCGCCUCAGCAAAACUACGGCUAUUGGAGUACUCUGCUUUUAUGGAGACUCAGAGAGACAGAGAGACGUAUAAACACCUUUUUGUACACAUUGGCCCUUCAAACCCGAGCUACAAUGACCCUGUAUUGGAGUCCAUAGACGUGAGGCAGAUUUACGACAAGUUCUCAGAGAAGAAGGGAGGUUUGAAGGAGCUGUAUGAAAAGGGGCCACACAAUGCGUUCUUCCUCGUCAAGUUCUGGGCGGACCUGAGCAGUGACAUUGAGGAGGGUUCUGGCGCGUUCUACGGUGUGAGCAGCCAGUACAGUGGAACAGAAAACAUCACUAUCAGUGUCUCAACAAAGGUCUGCUCCUUUGGUAAACAGGUGGUGGAGAAGGUUGAGACAGAAUAUGCACAUAUGGAAGGAGGAAAGUAUGUGUUCCGCAUCCAUCGUUCGCCCAUGUGUGAAUACAUGAUCAACUUCAUCCACAAACUCAAACACCUGCCAGAGAAAUACAUGAUGAACAGUGUGCUGGAGAACUUUACCAUCCUACAGGUGGUGUCCAACAGAGAAACUCAGGAGACUCUGCUGUGCAUCGCCUUUGUGUUUGAAGUGUCCACUAGUGAACACGGAGCACAGUACCAUGUUUAUCGACUAAUUAACGACUAGCAGCACAUUUUGUGCGUGCAAAGACUCUCCACAGACUUUUUGAUACAUAGAGCAUAAACACUAUUUCCAGCUCAGACACAGAAAACCCCACUCCUUUCUUCUAAACACACUCUUGUUUUAACAGACCAACAGUCCCACUGUAGUCACACCUGGUGUUUAAUGUGUAUGUAUUUCCAUCACUGCAAACUAGGCGCACUGUCUACAACAAUUAAACACUAAAGUGAAUUGAAUUUUUUUUUGCAUAUUUCAAUGGAAAUGUAAUACCAUUCUUAGUAUGAUUACCAGUAAGUGUUAUGAUGUAUUCCAAGAAAAGUCUCACCUUAUGAAACAGGCUCAAAAUAUCAGUUUAUUAUAUGUAUUAGACCUCUAUUUUUAAUGAGAAGUUUAAGUCAAUGACAGACACAUGAUAAAAACAUCAAAAAAAAAAAAACAGUAAAAGGGCUAACUAGAUAAAAUCAAGUUUCAUAUGUGAUACUCUUCCAUCAUAAAGAUUACAUACAAUGGGGUUGUUGUUGUGAUGCACUAGAAAUGAAUAUUAUCACUUGCAGGGGAUUUUUCAUGCAUAUACAUUUAUGUCAAAGGUGUGACUGAUGUGAGACGAGUUUGAAUAUAGGUUGGCAAACAAAUCAUUUAAUCAGUGUUAUUGUAACUCAGCCACAACGGCUAUUUCUUCUACAGUUUGUAUUGUCUCUGUAAGGUAGGACUUGAAUAAGCCUAUAAUGGUGUAUCUUCUAUCACUGCUUAAAGUUGAGUUGUGAUCUUCAGUUUGUUUAAUCAAAACUCUUAAGGAUCAUAUGACACAAAAGUAUGAGUGUGCCUCUUAGAAUAUAAUGCACUACAUGUAAAGACAUACAAGUCGUAUUUAUAUUUGAAACACAGUGUCAAAGUGUAAAGAGAGCCAUCAUUUCAGGUGUUUUUUUGCUGUUUUAAGGUUUUCAGUGGUACAUGGUGUGGAGGGAAAGAUUCUGAUCAAAUCUCAAGGAGGUGUUUAAAAGUUCGGCUCACGUGUUUGGAAAACAACUAAAUGGUUCACAAACCGUUUCAGAUUCAGUUCACAAUUGGGUGUCAGCAGCAUUUUGAAUGAAAGAGUCAACCUUUACUAUUCAUAGACACAAUACUGUUUUUACUCUGACUGUGUGGGCUUGCUGCAGUAUUUCUACCUCCACAUGAGUUGGGUAAGAAUGUGCUUUGGUUCAUAAAGCCUUAACCUGAGGAGCACUGAUGUAUAGGAUGUGUACACUACACUUGUAAUGGUACUGUUUUAUAAGCCAAAACAAAGUAAAUAGACUCGUUUUUGUAAAGAUGAUGAUCUUUUUUGUAUUUCACCAGCACAGCUAGAAGUGUUACACUAAACAUAAAUGAUGGGUGUUUUCUUUCUUUUUUUCCCUUUUUUGAUGUAUGCAAAAUUAUGUAUGGUACAGACCACACAAAGGUCACCCACAGUGCACUGGGGUAGAUAUUUGCCUGAUAACACUAACAAACUAUUCGUUUGAUCGACACUUUUUGUUCAAUAUACGGUUUUCAAUAUCUGGUAAACAUAGCUACCAGCGUUCUGUUUUGUUUUUGUUUUUGUUUUUUUGUAGUUUGACUUUGACACUAUCAUGGCAAGAUUUUUUUUAACCAUGUGGAAGGUAACAAUAAUUUGUCUCUCACCUUUUUGUCUCUCACCAAAGCAAGAGGCAACAAGUUCAGUUUUAGAUAAGAACUUCAUUUAAUAUUCAUUGUGUGGUCAGCCAAAAGUGUUGUAUUUUAUCAUUUCUUUCCUGCCUGUGUAUUCUGGUUGGCUAUGCCUCAUCACUCCUUUGGUCAAGUCUGUUCAGUGAAUUAAAUCUGUGCCUUUUAUGCUGUACCAAUAAAAUCACAAGGUGUUUGCAGAA